AUAACCAUAUGUGGACGAACUUUGUCACCAGGCACACAAAGUUUUUCGGACAAAAUUUGCGGAUAAAGUACACAUUGUAACAUCAGCUUCAAGCGAUUGGAAUCCAGAAACGAAUGUUGUUCAAGUGUUGUACAGAUGGCCCGAGCCCAGAGACUAGUCCCAUAGACUGACAGAGGUGCACAGACAUGGAGGGUGCUUGGGAUAUUGCAUCUGUGCUCUUCCAGGUGUGGCUGUCCAUUGUGGUGGGUCUCAUCAUGUUACCUGCAAUGUUUGGUGUGUCCCUGGGGUUCACAGAUCUUUACAUCAAGGUGCUGGUUAAAACGCUGGAGUGGGCCACUCGCAGAAUCCAAAGAGGGCAGAACGAACAGCCUACAUUGCCAUCACAGUCAGCCAAUGGGAUCAUCGAGAAGAAUGAUGGCUCUAUGGAGGAGGAGAUCGGGGAGCUGCGCCGGUCCCAUCCCAAAUCUCUGGCAGGGGUGGAUUUUACACUGUGUGAUGUCUUCUAUUUCUGGAAGAAAGGCAUCGAGAACAUAGUUGAGGAUCAGGUGACUCAGCGCUUCACUUCGGAGGAACUGGUUUCCUGGAACCUUCUCACGCGAACCAACAACAACUUCUGCUACAUCAGCGUGCGGGUGACCAUCAUGUGGGGCCUGGGAGUUUUUAUACGCUACUGUAUCUUGCUGCCUCUCAGGAUCACUUUGGCUGCUAUCGGAUUGAGCUGGUUGGUGAUAGGAACGACACUUGUUGGAUUCCUUCCUAACAGCAAUGUGAAGAACAGUCUUAGUGAUCUGGUUCAUAUUACGUGCUACAGAAUAUGUGCCAGAGGCCUGUCAGCCACUAUCCGCUAUCACAAUAAAGAGAAUCGGCCCCAAAAAGGAGGUAUCUGUGUUGCCAACCACACCUCCCCCAUUGACAUAGUAAUUUUGGCAAACGAUGGAUGUUAUGCUAUGGUGGGACAGGUUCAUGGAGGGCUGAUGGGGGUCAUCCAGAGGUCAAUGGUGCGAUCUUGUCCCCACGUGUGGUUUGAGAGAUCAGAGAUGAAAGAUCGCAACACGGUUGCAAAUAGGUUAAAAGACCAUAUUGCUGAUAAGACUAAGUUGCCAAUACUAAUCUUCCCAGAGGGAACUUGCAUCAAUAAUACAUCAGUAAUGAUGUUUAAGAAGGGAAGUUUUGAAAUUGGUGGAACAAUAUACCCAGUAGCAAUCAAGUACGACCCUCAGUUUGGAGAUGCCUUCUGGAACAGUGCCAAGUACAACAUGGUGAGCUACAUCCUUCGAAUGAUGACAAGCUGGGCCAUCGUAUGCAACGUGUGGUAUCUCCCUCCUAUGAAUCAACAGAAUGGGGAGGAUGCUGUUCAAUUUGCAAACAGGGUCAAAUCGGCCAUAGCGAAUCAGGGAGGACUGGUUGAUCUGUCCUGGGACGGAGGACUGAAGAGAGCAAAGGUAAAAGAGUCAUAUAAGGAGGAACAGCAGAAGAUGUACAGCAGUAUGAUUGUGGGCACAGACUGUCACGAGAACUCUGUGGGUCCCACAUAAACACCAACUCUUAGUAUUCAUGAACUUCAUUUGAAAGUGGGAAAAACGUCCGUCCUUCACCUUUAACCAGUAAGGUUCUAUUGGUGUUUGAUACAGUGAUGUUUUAUUGUAAACUGGAAAAUGUGUUUUAUUAUGAUCCACGGGUGCAUGUUUUUUCUUCUGUGUUUGUGUAUUUUGAUCGUCUUAAAUCUGUAAUUGCAGCAUGAAAGCACAUGAUCAUUGUGCUGAUGCAGAGUUACAGCAUUCACUCAUUUGAAACAUUUCAUUUGUUCCUAAAUGUUUGGUGGAAAUGAAAGGCAUUGCAUGUUAUAACGGUCACUUUUUUGCACGCUUAGAUUAUAUUCCUGUUACAUGAUUUCUUAAAGACUACAUAGAGGAAUGUUUUUAAAAUGUGAGCUGUAAUGUAUUAAGGACCUUAUGUGGACUGCUCUCUUGUGAACACUAGAGGUCACUCUUACCAAACCAAUGGAAAGUUGAGCCAGGUCAAAUAACUCAAAUCACUAAUAUCUUUCUCAAUAAAAGAUUUCAAUUCA